AUUUUGCCCCUCCGUUGGCCAAGCCGCGAGGGCCGCCGCCCCUUGACCUCGUCGGCCCAGCCGCUGCACUCCUCGCCCGCGAUCCUCACACGAGGCGGCGACGGCAAAGGCAUGCACCCCCCCUCCUCCUUCCUCCCCUGCGGUCGACGGCGAGGGCACGCGGGCCGCCUCCCCUCCCUUGCCCGCGGUCGACGGUGAAGGCGCUCCCCUUCUCGGCCGACGGUGAGGGCACGCAGCCGCCCCGUCUCCUUCCUCGCCCGCGGUUGACGACGCGCCCCUUUCCUUCCUCUCCUACGGUCGAUGACGAGGGCUGUAGGCGAGGGGAGGGGGCGGGUCUAUGAGCGACGGCGAGAGCCACGGGUGAGGGGAUGGGGCGAGUCUAGGAAUGGCGGCAUAGUGAUAAAAUGGUCAUUUAAAAAAAAAAGAUGCUGUUUCGAAAAAUUUCAUAGCUAGGGUGGUUUACGGGAAAUUGAAAAAAGCAGGAAAUUUUCCGAGAAUUCGCCGUAUAUAAAUAAGAGACUAGUGUCGCCCUCGAUGGUUUUGGUCUUCGCCCUUAAUAGAGAGAGUGGGCGAUAUAUCCCGCACAAAGCCAGCGGCCAUUCGAUCCGGCGAACCGCAUCGAGGAGGCGAAGCUGUUCGAUCUCUGUCCGAGAAAUGAAGUUGGUACCCAGGGAGGUGGAGAAGAUAGCCCUCCACAAUGCUGGGUUCCUGGCGCAGAAGCGCCUGGCUCGUGGCCUGCGUCUCAACUACACCGAAGCUGUAGCGUUGAUUGCGACACAGAUUCUAGAAUUUGUUCGUGAUGGAGACAAAAAAGUUUCAGAUUUAAUGGACCUUGGAAAGCAGCUUUUAGGGAGGCGACAGGUUCUUCCAGCCGUUAGACAUCUUUUAGAUACUGUUCAGGUUGAGGCAACAUUUCCAGAUGGGACAAAGUUAGUCACCAUACAUGAUCCAAUUGCAAGUGAUAAUGGAAAUUUAGAGCUGGCAUUACAUGGUUCUUUCCUUCCAGUUCCUUCAAUCGACAAGUUUGUCGGGAAUGAACAUGACAGCUUCCCUGGUGAAAUUAUUUAUGGCUCUGGGAAUAUUGUAAUAAACACUGGAAGAAGAGCUGUCACCAUAACAGUCGUUAACAAAGCAGAUAGGCCCAUUCAGGUUGGAAGCCAUUAUCACUUUAUUGAGGUUAACCCAUACUUGAUUUUCGAUAGAAGAAGGGCUUAUGGUAUGAGAUUAAACAUAUCAGCAGGAACUGCUACACGGUUUGAGCCGGGGGAUGCCAAAUAUGUAACCCUUGUCAAUAUUGGAGGUGGCAAAGUUAUCAGAGGCGGAAAUGGUCUUGUAGAUGGUCCAGUCAAUGAUUCUUAUAUAGAAAAGGUGAUGGAAAAUGUGAUAGCAAAAGGCUUUGGCCAUGCAGAUCAGUCAGAUUCCAGUGAAGGUGUCACUGGAACAGAUUCUAACUUAACCACAGAAGUUUCUCGGGAAUCCUAUGUAAACAUGUAUGGGCCUACUACUGGGGAUAAGAUAAGGCUUGGUGACACUGACCUAUAUGCAGAAAUUGAAAAGGAUUUUGCAGUCUAUGGCGAUGAAUGUGUGUUUGGAGGUGGAAAAGUUUUACGUGAUGGAAUGGGGCAGGCUACUGGCUAUCCAACCUCUUGUUGCUUAGAUACAGUUAUUACGAAUGCUGUAAUAAUUGACUACACUGGAAUUUAUAAAGCAGAUAUUGGUAUCAAAGAAGGAAAUAUUGUCGCUAUUGGGAAGGCAGGAAAUCCAGAUGUAAUGGAUUGUGUGGAUGCAAACAUGAUUGUUGGGGUCAGUACUGAAGUUAUUGCUGCAGAGGGCAUGAUAGUAACUGCAGGAGGCAUAGAUUGUCAUGUCCACUUUAUAUGCCCUCAGUUGGUGCAGGAGGCAAUAUCUAGUGGUAUCACAACACUAGUAGGAGGUGGUACUGGACCUGCAGAUGGGACUCGGGCAACUACUUGUACACCUGCUCCAUUCCAAAUGCAGUUAAUGCUGCAAUCAACUGAUGAUUUGCCAAUCAAUAUUGGCUUUACAGGGAAGGGAAAUAGUGCAAAACCAGAGGGGCUAGUUGAGAUAAUUAAGGCAGGAGCAAUGGGUCUUAAGCUUCAUGAAGACUGGGGAAGUACUCCUUCAGCAAUUGAUAACUGCUUGACAGUUGCUGAUGCUUAUGAUAUUCAAGUCAAUAUUCACACAGAUACACUGAACGAGUCAGGAUGUGUAGAACAUACAAUUGCUGCUUUCAGAGAUAGGACAAUACAUGCAUAUCAUAGUGAAGGUGCUGGUGGUGGUCAUGCUCCAGAUAUUAUUAAAGUAUGUGGUGUAAAAAAUGUUUUACCUUCAUCAACAAAUCCAACACGCCCUUUUACUUUGAAUACUGUGGAUGAACACCUUGAUAUGCUGUUGGUUUGUCAUCAUCUUGACAAAGACAUCCCGGAAGAUGUGGCAUUCGCCGAAUCUCGGAUCCGUGCUGAAACAAUUGCUGCAGAAGACAUUUUGCAUGAUAUGGGAGCUAUCAGUGUCAUUUCUUCUGAUUCACAAGCUAUGGGUCGUGUUGGAGAGGUGAUUACCCGGACAUGGCAAACUGCUCACAAAAUGAAGAAGCAGAGAGGUAGAACACUUGAACCCAGUGGAUGUGACAAUGACAAUUUCCGGAUUAAGCGAUACAUUGCAAAGUACACCAUCAAUCCAGCUAUAGUUAAUGGCAUUUCACAUUGUAUUGGUUCUCUGGAGGCUGGAAAAUUUGCUGAUCUUGUUAUCUGGAAACCUUCUUUCUUUGGUGUUAAACCUGAAAUGGUGAUUAAAGGUGGUGUGAUUGCAUGGGCUAAUAUGGGUGAUCCAAAUGCUAGCAUUCCUACACCAGAACCGGUUAUGAUGAGGCCUAUGUUUGGUGCAUUUGGCAAAGCAGCAAGCUCCAACUCUAUUGCUUUUGUGAGCAAGGUUGCGAAAGAUGCAGGCAUUGCGAACCAGUAUGGGCUGAAGAAGCUGACGAAGGCUGUUGGUAACGUGCGUGGCCUCACAAAACUUGACAUGAAGCUCAAUGACGCAUUGCCUGAGAUAAAUGUCGACCCAGAGUCUUACAAAGUGACAGCUGAUGGUGAAGUUCUCAAAUGUGAUUCAGCAACCUCUGUUCCCUUGUCACGGAAUUAUUUCCUCUUCUAGGCUUCUCCUUAAUGCGCCAAUUCAGAACGAUGCAACUCAAGGUCAAUCGACGACACCAACUUUUGUCGACAUGUAAUAAAGCUGUAACAUAAAACGCACUAAACUGUAUUCUGUUCUUAGGCUUCUUAAAAUUGUGUUUUUCUUCGUCCGGUAUGUGGUUAUACAUGAAGUGCUUCAUAUGUAUGAAUUUAGCAAGCAACACAAUGAUUGUCA